AUGGACAACAAAACACCUGCCGACAACGCACGAAAGGAUCUGAGAACGAUCAAGCGGUUCGUCACAACGCACACUUCUGAAGGCACCACGACCUUUUCAGACGCCUUACCUGAGGACGCUCCCUUCCAAACCCUACCAGACAAUGUCGACUUUGCCCUCUGCUACGCGACCGACAAAUUCCCCGUCAACCUGAACGACGAAGCAGAUAUUGAAACAUAUCGACACUACACCGAAAACCUUCCAGGCAUUACUCUGCCGACAGGCACAGUCCUUCGCGUCGUCGAUAUACCUCCUGGCGCUAUAUCGCCAAUGCAUCGCACAAUCAGUUUGGACUAUGGAGUCGUCUUGGAAGGGGAGAUUGACCUGAUCCUCGACUCUGGAGAGAAGCGAGUCAUGAAGAGAGGCGAUAUCUCGGUUCAGCGGGGGACCAAUCAUGCGUGGAAGAACAGGAGCGAAAAGUCAUGGGCGAGAAUGCUCUAUGUUUUGCAGCCGGCUACAAGUCUGAGAGUUGCCGGUCAAGAACUCCGCGAUAACUCGACGCAUACCAUUCCUGGGUACGAGGAGAGGGAGUAA